CUUCGCGGUUUCUACGCCUCAAUUCCAUACCACGUUUGAAAUCAUUCUGUUUCUCCUUUGUUCUAGUCUUGAAUCCAACUUCUAUUCCAACACUCCUCGUUGAGACAGACCUUCCUUUGGCGGAGUGCAGUCAAAUAUGGCAUCAGACAUACCCGCAUCCUCCCUCCCAUACACUUGCAAUACCUGCCUUGUUGCAUUCCGCAGCAGCGAUGCCCAGAGAGAUCAUAUGCGCAGGGACUGGCAUCUAUAUAAUAUAAAACGUCGCAUUGCGUCUUUACCGCCAGUGUCCCAGGAAGUAUUUAACGAGAAGGUCCUUGCGGCUAAGGCGUCAUCGUCUGCCGCUGCCGCCAAGGCAUCCUUUGAGAAAACAUGCCAUGCCUGUCAGAAGACAUUCUACAGUGAGAACUCAUAUCGGAAUCAUGUCAACAGUUCGAAACAUAAGCUCCGCGAGGCCCGCAUGAGCAAAGACAUCCCUGACGAUUCAUCCUCUGUGAUGAGUUCCACAUUCUCACUAGGUGAGCCUAUAAACAAGCCUUCCGCAGACGUGUCGGCAGUUACCCAGGGUGUCAAGACAGCUACCAUCGAGGAAGAGGAAGAGGAGGAUGAGGAGGAUGAAGAGCUUGCUGAAGAGCAAGGAUUUUCUACUGCCCAUUGCCUAUUCUGCAAUGCUCAUCUAGGAGACACUCAAGAAAAUGUUCAGCACAUGUCCAAGAGCCACGGCAUGUUCAUUCCGGAAAAGGACUACCUUGUAGACCUGGAGGGCCUUAUCCACUACUUAUACCGCAAGAUAACCGACAACAACGAGUGUCUCUAUUGUCAUGCUAUCAGAGCCAAUGCUGCUGCCAUCAGAACACACAUGCGUGACAAGGGCCACUGCAUGAUUGCGUUCGAGACAGAGGACGAACAAAUAGAGAUUGGGCAAUUCUACGAUUUCAGAAGUACUUAUUCCGAUGAUGAGGGUGAAGAGGACACACCAGAGAGUGACGGCGUUAAGGUUCCCACAUCCGAUGCAGACGAUGAUGGAUGGGAAACUGAGACGUCUGCUUCCUCAGUGGAUGAAGACGAGAUCGACAGCCGCAAGCAGGCACCUGUCAUCUAUCAGAGCGAGUACGAAUUGCAUUUGCCCUCUGGUCGUAGCGUCGGCCAUCGCUCUUUAGCUAGAUACUACCGCCAGAAUCUUCACAACUACCCCUCUACCGAGGAACGCAUCCAGCGCCAACUCGCCAUCGAAAACGGCGAGGCCAAGGAAGAGGAAGAGCAGAGAGGGCGCAACCAGAACCGAGCUGUGGUCACCCGUGCGAAUGGCGGUCUGGGCAUGGUCGGUGCUACUGAAGUCCAGAAGCGUACAGCCCUUCGAUCCGAAAGGAGAGAGAGGACUCGUGCCCUUCGUGAAGAACGGAGAUACACCGCCAAGGUCAACUAUGCCGCGAACAACCAGAAGCACUACCGGGAUCCUCUCCUUCAAUGAUUUGACCUCGCACCACAGAGGGAAAGGUCUAUUCUCUGUCCGCUCUGUAUGCAAUUGGAUCAUAAUCAACUUUCUAUACCCUCUCUUUAUGUUAUUGUAUGCAUGUGCGAUAUAUAUCAUAAGCGAUAGGAGGAUUAUGAAUAAUGGAGAUGUCCAGUUUCUUUCUCAUGCAAUGCUAGGAUCUUAUGAAUAAAAGUAGUUGUUUCCUUUCAUGUGCUUUAGUUGUAGGCCACAAAAUAUCACUGGUGUCCAUGACGCUAUGCUGUUCAUUAUAUUAGAUGUUAGUAAUAUACUUACAAGGUCAAUGCUAUCCAACCCAUCAUUUAAGAAUCUUCAUACCAGUCUUAUAUCGAAAAUAGGCGGGAAGGUGUACGAGAAAACCGAAUCCCCAAAGCUUCUCGACAUUCAUCACUACAUAACACGAGACGUGU